AUGGGGUUGGCAGCAGAUCUAUUCACUAAUCCAAUUUUUAAUAUUCUUGGGAGUGUUGAAUGCUUCUCUCACUUAACAAAGAGACAAGAAAGUGAGGACGUAAUCCUCACACAUGUACUCCCCCUCUACCUCGAGUUUGCCCUCGUUGCUUUGGACAAUUUUUUUACAGGGCCACGGCUUUGGAAUGCUGCUGUUCCAGCUGCCUAA